UAGACGCAUUUUAGUGCCCAGGGGAGGACAAAUGGAGGGCUUCCCGUUCACCUCUCGAGCGCUGGGCUCGCCCCCCGUAUCGCCGCCAUUAAUGGCUGCACAGGAAGAGGAGGAUUUGCUGAGGGAUGCCAUAUCGGGUCCCUCAAGUGCUAUGGGCAUGGGUGCUGGAUUGGGCCCAUCCCUGCUCAUCCGCACAACGCGAACUGCGGUGAGAGCAAGGGGAGAUGCAAGCCUGGAUGGUGUUGGCCAGAACUCGGUCUCGUUCCCGCCCAUUCCAGAGCUCAGAGAGCCGAGCCGUACCGCUUCUGCCGCCGCGCCCUCUAGUGGCUCUGCAGCAGCUCCUGCAAAUGGCGGCUCGACAGUUUUGGCGGGAAUCCUGGGAGCCGCUGCUGUUCCAAGCCGCGUUUCUUCCACGGACCGUCAGGGAGCUGGCUCAACAGAAGAAAGACCGAUCCGGAAAGUCGUCAUCUCCUGCGCUUCAAAUACAGCGGAGUACAUUAUCAAUACAAAGCACUGCCGUUUGGUCUCUCCUCAACCCCAAGAAUUUUCACCAAGGUGCUGGCACCUGUGAUUGCACAUCUAAGACUACAGGGAGUUCGUGUUUUUUGUUAUCUCAACGACCUGCUUUUAAGGUUUCCCUUGGAACUGCCUGCCACAAGAGACCUUCAUCUAACUCUUCACACAUUAGAACAACACGGAUUCCUAGUAAAUGUAGAAAAAAGUCACCUGCAACCUUCCACCAGGAUGCAAUAUCUGGGCGUCCUAAUAGACACACGAAGGGACUGUCUCUUCCUACCAGAAGACCGGAUCAAGAGCCUCAGGGAAGAGAUAUGGGAGGUGCUGAAUGCUUGUCAAGCCAAGCUCCUGUCGUUGGCACGUCUCCUCGGCCUAAUGGUGGCCACGUUGGGCGCAGUACCGUGGGCCAGAUUUCAUCUGCGACCGCUACAAUGGUUCCUUCUAACAUUCAGGGAACCCAUUUCGAAGAAAGUCAGCAUAACCAUCCUCGUUCCCCAGGACAUACUAAUGUCCCUGCCGUGGUGGCUCCUGGAUUCCAACACUCAAAGAGGCAAGGAGUUCCUCGACCCGGCCCGGAUUCUGAUCACGACCGAUGCCAGCAAGACUGGCUGGGGGGGGCACAUUGUCACCACAGAACAGCCCAAGGCUGGUGGUCACAAGCCGAGAGUGUACACAGCAUCAAUUGGUUGGAGCUGAGGGCCAUCCGUCUUGCCUUGUUGGCAUUCCAGGACCUGAUCACCAGUUCGCACAUGUUGAUAAGAACAGACAACACGACGGCGAAGGCCCACAUAGACAGGGGGGGACCAGGUUUCGAUCUCUUCAAGUGGAAGCAUCACUGAUACUGGAUUGGGCGGAGGUUCACCUGGCCCCACUCAUAGCCCACCAUGUACAAGGGGAUCUCAACUCGAUAGCGGACUGGCUGAGUCUAGAGCAGCUCCUUCCUGGGGAGUGGGCACUCAACAGGAGAGUCUUUCGGAUUAUCACGCGACGCUUCGGCACCCUAAGAGUCGACCUGUUUGCCUCAGCACUGAACGCACAGCUCACCAGGUUCUUCACCUGCUUCCCCUCCCCACAAGCAGAAGGGGCAGAUGCCCUAGCAGCGAGAUGGCCUUGGGAACUGCUGUAUGCCUUCCCACCAACUCCGCUCUUGGCCCGCUUUCUUCGCAGAGUGCGCUUGCACAAGGCUCAGGUCAUCCUAGUAGCUCCUUACUGGCCCAGGAAACCAUGGUUUGCGGAGUUACAUCACUUGGCCAUACAGGAACUGUGGUUCCUCCCGGUGUCAACAGACCUUCUACUUCAAGGUCCCAUAGAACAUCACGAUCCAGGCUGGUUUCAGCUAGCCGCCUGGAGACUGAGUGGGGAAUUUUAAGUAAGUUUGGCUAUUCGAGAAGUGUUCUAACCACCAUGUUAUCUUCCACAAGGGAGUCCACCAAGCGUAUAUAUCAGUAUACAUGGAGAGCAUUUCUUUGAUGGUCAGCAAGGCAUUCCAUACCUCAGGGGACAGCGUCCAUUAAAGAUCUCCUGGCAUUUUUACAAGAUGGCUGAGACAAAGGACUCAAGGCUAAUACCUUAAAAAGACAAGCUGCUUCCCUAACAGGUGUGAUAGCAGGUCUAUCCAAAUCCAAGGUUGUUAACCACCCUCAUUUAAAAAGAUUCCUGAGGGGGGCCACCCUGCUGUCACCUAUGGUGGUUUACCUUUUUCCAUCUUGGAGUCUCCACACUGUCUUAAGGCACUUCAGAAUCAUCCGUUCGAGCCGAUCGGAACCAUUCCCUUAAGGCUUUUAUCAUACAAGACGGCAUUCUUAAAUGCUGUUACAUCUGCAAGAAGAAUCUCUGAAUUGCAUCCUCUGUCGGCUCAUAAAAAUUUAUGCAUUUUCUUUGCUGACUCCAUGCGUCUCAUUCCUAGCCCGUCCAUCAGGCCGAAGGUGUCCUCAGCAUUCCACCACUCACAAGAUGUCAUACUUCCAUCGUUCUGUCCUAAGCCAACUCAUUCAACAGAACGAAAAUGGCAUAAACUAGACGUACGCAGAUGUUUGAAGAGAUACCUGAGACGCACGGAGAGCUUCAGGCAGACGGUGAGUCUAUUUGUUAGUUUUUUACCAGCUUCCAUGGGAAGUCAAGUGUCUUCGCAGAUUAUUGCUAGAUGGAUACAGGCUUGUAUUUCACUAGCCUAUGAGUCUCUACACCUUCCAGCACCAGAACACAUUCUGGCUCACUCUACUAGGGCAGUGUCCACAUCUGCGGCCUUCUCAACCAACGCGCCAGUGCAUGAAAUAUGCAGGGCCGUGACUUGGAAGGCUCCGUCAACAUUUACAAAGCAUUAUAAAAUUGAUCUAUAUGCGUCUUCUCAAGCUGCAUUUGGACGCAGAGUGCUUCAACAGGUUCUUCCCCCGGAGUAGGCACGGACACUCCCAGAGAGUUUUGGCCAGGGCUUUGGUAUGUCCCAAUGAGAGA